UUUGGAUUCUGGUUCCGCCGCGCUGGGUCCUCGGGAGCCCGCGGAGGGGCGUGAGGUGACAGGGUCAUGGCUGCACUGCCUCUCAACAAUCUACAGGAGCAGCUAGAGCGCCACUCAGCCAAAAAACUGACCAAUCAAUCCAGUCUUUCCAAGCCCAAACCCAUAGGUUUUACUUUUAAAAAGAAAACAUCCUCCGACAGCGACGCAUCUGUGGCAAGUGUGUCAGUAGCAAGAACGCCGGUGUUGAGUGACAAAGAUGUGAACGUGUCCAAGGCCUUCUCCUUCAGCCAGCCUCUGCCCUGCGCCCCCAGGCAGCAGGCAGGGGUCGGCAGCUGCUUUAAAAGCACUCCAGCGGGACAGGGAACUGGCGUAAAACCACUGUCACCAGGUCUGUUGCGGUCACCACCUGCUGUUCCAUCAGGACAAAACACGCCUGCUGCGAGGAUCCCCCAGGAUGCUGCUUUCAAGAAGUUAGAGUUUAGUUCCUCCCCGGAUUCUUCGAGCUCUCCCAGCCACUGGGAUGAUCGAGAUGACUUCGACACUUCCUCUGCUUCCAAAGCCUUUGCCACCCCAGCCCAAGGCCGCUUCGUCAGAGUGAGCACGGCCCAGAAAUCAAGACAAGGCAAGAGAAACUUUGUGAAGGCAUCACCUCAUAAAGCACUCGCAGUACAGGUGGAUUUGACUUCUUCCUCUGAAAGCCAGCAAAUUGACUUAACCGAAGAACAGAAGGAUGAGACGGAAUCCUUCCGUAGUGCUGUGAUUUGCAUCGAUGAAGACUCCACUUCCGACGUGCUUUUAAAUAAAGACUCUCAGGAAAGUCACACUUCAGAAACUCAUUUGGAGGAUGAAAGAGGUAGCAGGGACAGGAAGCAGCUUGUGGAGGGGGCUGAACCGCCUUCCGCCCAGCAGGGCCCGUGUAUUGAGCUAGAUGAUGACUACGAUGUCGAUUUCGUUCCACCAUCGCCAGAGGAAGAGAGCAUUUCUUCUGCUACUUCUUCUAAAUGCCUUAGUGUGUUAAAGGAUUUUGAUGCCUCUGACCAAGAAAAAGAUCUCUUAUCAAAACCAGCGAAAAUUGCCGGGCAGGAGCCUGAUCUGGAAACGAGUGUAGACUGUGAUGCCAGACGGACCCGUCUCCAGGAGCAGCUUAUUCAGGUGAUGGAGCGCAUCUGUAGGGUGGUCGACACCAUCCGAGUAGAUGAACUGACAUCUUUGGACUGUGGGGACGAGCUGCUACAGUUGCGGGACCAGAGAAGGAAACUCCUAGCCGAAGUGGAUUUUACUAGGAAAGAUGUGAGUCUUCUCAGUGGUGUGUGGAAACACAGGCGUGACUCACUUGGUAUCUCUGUGGGGGGUGAUUCCUGCCCUCUGGAGGGUUCUGUGGAGUUAAAGUUUCCAUAUCUUCCCUCAAAUUCUCUCUCCAUUGGGGAAAAUGUACUGUCUACUGCCCCAGGAAAGACAGGACUGUCAGCCUCCACCAAGGAGCUGUUUGAAAGCCCAUCAUUCAGUUCCCCUUCACAGAAGGCCUUUGUGAGCAGCAAGUGGGCGGAAACGCCAAGUAGAGAGAGAAGAAAUGAAAGCUCAUACUUCCCGGGAAAGGCUCUCACAAGCACCACUGUGAAAGAUCUGAGUAAGCACCCAGCUUCAGGAGAUAACUUAGCAAGAGAAGCCCCGACUUCCUGUGAUGUGGAUGACUUUGACAUAGAUGACUUUGAUGAUGAUGAUGACUGGGAGAACAUCAUGCAGAAUUUGCCAGCCAGCAAGCCUUCCACAGCCGUCUACCCUCCUGUCAGGGAAGGUGGGCCAGUGAAAUCCCUAUCAGCCAAAACACACUGCCUUCCAGCGGCCUCUGCGGCUCAAAGGAAAAGCUCGGAGGCAGUCCAGAAUUAUGCCGACAAGUUGGCGCAAAAUUUCACCUCCAGAAAUGUGAAACAUGAACGCUUCCAAAGCCUCGAUUUUCCUCAUACAAAAGAAAUGAUGACAAUUUUUCAUAAAAAGUUUGGCCUACAUAAUUUUAGAACUAAUCAGCUAGAGGCAAUCAAUGCUGCACUGCUCGGUGAAGACUGCUUUAUCCUAAUGCCCACUGGAGGUGGUAAAAGCUUGUGUUACCAGCUGCCUGCCUGUGUUUCGCCUGGAGUCACUAUUGUCAUUUCUCCCUUGAGAUCAUUAAUAGUAGAUCAAGUUCAAAAGCUGACUUCAUUGGAUAUUCCAGCUACAUAUCUAACCGGUGAUAAGACUGAUGGAGAAGCUGCAAGCAUUUACCUCCAGUUAUCAAAGAAGGACCCAAUUAUUAAACUUCUCUAUGUCACCCCAGAGAAGGUGUGUGCGAGUAACAGGCUGAUCUCCACACUGGAGAAUUUGUAUGAGAGGAAGCUCUUGGCCCGUUUCGUUAUUGAUGAAGCACAUUGUGUCAGUCAGUGGGGACAUGAUUUCCGUCAGGAUUACAAACGAAUGAACAUGCUUCGCCAGAAGUUCCCUCUGGUCCCCGUGAUGGCGCUCACGGCCACCGCGAACCCCAGGGUGCAAAAGGACAUCCUCACCCAGCUGAAGAUCCUCAGCCCGCAGGUGUUUAGUAUGAGCUUUAACAGGCACAAUCUGAAAUACUACGUAUUACCGAAAAAGCCUAAGAAAGUAGCGUUUGAUUGCUUGGAGUGGAUCAGAAAGCAUCACCCAUAUGACUCAGGGAUAAUCUACUGCCUCUCUAGGCGCGAGUGCGACACUAUGGCCGACACGUUACAGAAGGACGGCCUUGCUGCGCUGGCUUACCAUGCUGGCCUCAGCGACUCUGCCAGGGACGAGGUGCAGCACAAGUGGAUCAAUCAGGAUGGCUGCCAGGUUAUCUGCGCGACGAUUGCAUUUGGAAUGGGGAUUGACAAACCUGACGUGCGAUUUGUGAUUCAUGCAUCGCUCCCGAAGUCUGUGGAGGGUUACUACCAGGAGUCUGGCAGGGCUGGGAGAGAUGGGGAAAUAUCUCACUGCCUGCUCUUCUACACCUAUCAUGACGUGACCAGACUGAAGAGACUUAUAAUGAUGGAAAAAGACGGAAACCGUCAUACAAGAGAAACUCAUUUCAACAAUUUGUAUAGCAUGGUACAUUACUGUGAAAAUAUAACUGAAUGUAGGAGAAUACAACUUUUGGCUUACUUUGGUGAAAAUGGAUUUAACCCUCAUUUUUGUAAGAAAUACCCAGAUGUUUCUUGUGACAACUGCAGUAAGACAAAGGAGUAUAAAACAAGAGACGUGACUGAUGAUGUGAAAAACAUUGUAAGAUUUGUUCAAGAGCAUAGUUUGUCCCAGGGAAUGAGAAGCGCAGGUCCUGCUGGAAGAUUCACUAUGAACAUGCUGGUUGACAUUUUCCUGGGGAGCAAGAGUGCGAAGAUUCAGUCAGGCAUGUACGGAAAGGGAGCUGCUUAUUCCCGACACAAUGCCGAGAGACUCUUUAAGAAGCUGAUUCUAGACAAGAUACUGGAUGAAGACUUAUUCAUCAAUGCCAAUGACCAGGCGAUCGCCUACAUGAUGCCAGGAACCAACGCCCAAAAUGUACUGAGUGGACACUUAAAGGUAAACUUCAUGGAAACAGAAAACUCCAGCAGUUUGAAGAAACAAAAAGCUUUAGUGGCCAAAGUGUCUCAGCGGGAAGAGGUGGUUAAGAAAUGCCUUGGCGAGCUCACAGAGGUCUGCAAGUCUCUGGGGAAGGUCUUUGGGGUCCAUUACUUCAACAUCUUUAACACGGCUACGCUCAAGAAGCUCGCAGAAUCUUUAUCUUCUGAUCCUGAGGUUUUGCUUCAAAUUGAUGGUGUUACUGAAGACAAGCUGGAAAAAUAUGGUGCAGAGAUGAUUCCAAUAUUGCAGAAAUACUCGGAGUGGACAUUGCCAGCUGAGGACAGCUCUCUCGGCGGAGGCCCAGGGGGCAGAGGCUCAGGAAGGUGCACCCCUGAGGGCCUGGACGAGGAGGAGGAGGAGGCGCCUGUAUCAUCUCACUACUUUGCAAAUCAAACCAGAAAUGAAAGGAAGAGGAAGAAAACAUCAGCCUCACAAAGGCCCAAGAGGAGAAGAACCAGCUACGGUGGUUUCAAGGCCAGAGGGGUGUCCACCGCCUCCAGAAGGACGUCUUCCAAAAGUAAACCCUCCAGCACAGCGGGGUCAGGUCCGGCCACGUGCGGCUCUCGAGCAGCAUCGGGAGCCAGUAGAAAACUGGGCAUCAUGGCGCCACCCAAGCCUAUAAAUAGACCAUUCCUCAAGCCCUCCUAUGCGCUCUCCUAACAGCCCGCACCCCACCUCCUGUCCGCAUGGCCAUCUGUGCCCAGAAAGCAGGUUGUCCCCUCGGCAGCACGCACAGCUUUUAUUCCUAUCAAUUAAUAUGUAAGGAAGUGCUUGGGUGACAGCUCUUGUUUUUUAAAAUAAAGGCUUUCUUCUCAAUAGCACGUUUUGCCGCAGCGGCAAGUGUGGUGGCGGCUGCUUCUGAGAGCGUCCGAAGCAAGCACCACCCUGUCCCUCCCGAGAGCCUCCGGGCCUGACACGAGGCCCACAGCAAAGGACACAGACACGGUGGUGCUCCCUGUGCGAGACAGCGCCAGCCACACUAGAAGCCAAGUGAAGGAGACAUUACGAAGGACCUGUGUCCAUAAUGUACAAAGAGCAUCUAUAAAUCACGAAAAGGUCUGCGCGGAAGACGAUGAACAGAGGACCUGAACACGCUGCUCUCAAGUGUGAAUGGCCCAUAAAUAGGCGAAAAUGCUUAAGCUCACCAAUUAAAAGUGUAAUUAAACCCACGAGAGGCCAUUCUUUUGCCUGUGAGACUGUCAGCAUUGGAGCUGAGCCGUGUGGUACAUCUGUAGGCCCUGGUCCUCAAGAUCCUGGGACCAGGAGGUCACUUGAGCCCAAAAUCAAAGCCAGUGGGGGACUUGGAA